AUGAAGACUUCCACUAUUUUGGUAGCCAUUUCUCUGGCAAUGUCUGCCGCUGCCGCUGCACAGAACAACGGCAAAAUUUUCGGAAACAACAGGGGUUUUCUUGGCCAAUCUUCAGGUGGAUUCGGCGGGAAGAAUGGGCAAAAGAACAAUAACGCCGGCACGAAUACUGGCAAGAACGCGAAUGCUGGCAACACCAACACCAACGCGAACGCGAACAACAACAGCAAGAACACUCCCAAAGCUGUGGGAGCCAUUGGUGCUGGUGCUGCGGCUGGUGCUGCAGGAGGCGCCGCCGCCGGUGUUGCAACAGGUAACGGCAAUAACAACACUGCUGCUAGUGCCACAGCAGGCAGCGCCAACACGGGAGACCUACAAACAUCCUUGACUCUCGAUCCGAAAGUCAUUGCCAGCGGCUUUGCAAACAAUGGUCAAGAUGUUCCUGAAGCAGGUCAAGUUGCUUCACUAACGUCGACAAAUAACUUCAUCAACUUUUGUUUGACCGUCCCAAAUCUUCCAAUUACCAAUGGAAAACAGAUCACGACCGGAUCUUGCAAUCCUGCACCCAUGGGGGCCAUCCCUUCAAACGAUAACAUGCCGUCAGCGAAGUUCCAGAUCCCCAAGAACGGUGAUACCCUCAAGGCUAACACAGACUUCACCAUUACAAUGGCCAUCCAAGGCAUGCAAACCGGUGCCUUCGUGAAUGCUCAGGAGAACUACUUCGCAGCGCCACAGCAACUGAACGCCCAAGGACAAAUCAUCGGCCACUCACAUGUCGUCGUCGAGCAGCUCUCCGCACUCGAUCAAACCACGCCUACAGACCCCAAGAACUUCAUUUUCUUCAAGGGUCUCAACGCUGCCGCUUCCAAUGGUGUCCUCACUGCUGAAGUGACUGGAGGUCUUCCUGCCGGCGUAUACAAGGUCUCGUCCAUCAACACCGCUGCAAAUCAUCAACCCGUACUGGUGCCUGUCGCCCAGCACGGCUCCCUCGAUGAUGUCGCCUAUUUCACUGUCACCGUUGACGGGCAAGCAGCUGCAGGAGCCAAUGCUGGUGCUGCAGGGCCCCCUGCAGCAGGAGUAGGAGCUGCUGGACAAGGCGCCGCGACAGGUGCUGUAGCUGGUACCGCUACGUAUGCUGCUACUGGAGCAGCAGCUGGUGCCGCCGGGAAAGGUGGAGCCAAGACCGGGGCUGCAGGAGGCGUUCAAGCUGGCACAGCUGGCAAGAAGCAGGCUGGAAGACAACAAGGAAAACGCUUCCAUAGACGCGUUCACCGUUUGACUUCGACAGUAGUGUAG